AAGUUCCGGACCGGUGGCGUGUGGUUGGGAUGCCCUUGAUUUGUGGCGUCAAGGGUGAAGAGUCUACCGAGGUAUCGGCGAACGCCAAUAGAAAAUAUAAAGAGACGAUUAAACCGCUAGCCGAAAGUAGUACACCACCACCGAGGAUCUCGCGAGAGCUGGCAGGAAAUCACGAAUACCCUCAGGACCAUCAGUAACAGUGACGGAGUACGCAUACUGCCAGACCUUCGGGGUGACGCGGGCACAUUUUUUAAACCAAAAUAUUAAUAAUGGCGGACCUGCCACGCCGUAUAAUAAAAGAGACGCAGAGAUUGAUGCAGGAGCCGGUUCCUGGCAUCAGCGCCGUACCAGACGAUGCUAACGCUAGAUACUUUCACGUCAUUGUAACGGGUCCCGAAGACUCACCGUUCGAAGGCGGAUUGUUUAAACUAGAAUUAUUUCUACCAGAGGACUACCCAAUGUCAGCCCCCAAAGUUAGAUUUAUUACAAAAAUAUAUCAUCCUAAUAUAGACAGAUUGGGCAGAAUCUGCCUGGAUAUAUUGAAGGACAAAUGGAGUCCUGCUCUUCAGAUAAGGACAGUACUGCUGUCAAUACAGGCUCUCUUGAGUGCACCAAACCCUGAUGAUCCAUUAGCAAACGAUGUCGCCGAAUUGUGGAAGAUUAACGAAGGUGAAGCGAUACGCAAUGCCAAAGAAUGGACCCGUAGAUACGCCAUGGACAACUGAUCUCAGUCUGGUCCGUUAUCGGAGCCUUCCUCUCGCACGCAUGGCGCAUGGCAGAAACACCAAUGCCUCAUCGUCCCCAUCUUACGAUCCUCGUUCCCGUUACCACCUUGUUCCUCCUAGACCUUGAACAAAUUGCACCAUCACCCUGUCACCUUCCUCCACCAGACUAACGUACUAUCUCAGCCCCUGCUGUUGCCACUGAUGCCGUUGUCGCUGCCGUUACUGCUGCUGCUGUUGCUGCUGCUGCACCUCUGUCGAAAAUUUUGCUAUUUGAAAGAAUAAAAGGUUUUUUCUAAUAAAAUUAUACUUAUUAUAAUUAAAAUGACAGACUGCAUUUUCUAUUAUCGAUAUUAUUCACACAGUUUUGAAGUUUAAAUUUAUUUUCAUUCUAUAAUCAUUUGUUCAAUUUUUUCACUCUCUUGAUUAUGUGUCCAAAUCGAAUAACGGCGAUCAAAAUCAGAACAACAGACUUCCACAUUGACACAAAUACUCGAAAAGAGACAUCGGUUCCUUGCGCUUUUUUUUUUUUUUUUUUCUUAACUGAAAGGAAAAUGCUUUUAUCUCGACGAAUCACAGAGUUGUUAUUUCGAACUUCGCUUCUAGUGACGUGUGAGAAGAUAGAAUCCAUAGAUCGACUCUUCAUAUAUGUGAUACCAGUUUUUAGGUGAAUGGCAGAGCUGCUGUAUACUAACUGGUUGAGCACUCAUAGAUGUGGAAUAUAAUAAUACUACGUGAUUUUACCAUAUAAUAACAUAGACAAUCGUCAGUUGAAAUUUUUACCAGUAUUUGAUGCUGGCUAGCAUUUUCAUAGACUGCUACUAGUACUACCACCACUACUACUACCAUUACUACUAAAUUGUUGGGAUUUAUGCAAUUAUUAGGAUUUUUUUAUAUAUGUGUAUGAAUAUUUAUAAAGUACAACGAAUUAUAGUAUCAAUUGUACAUACAUAGUUCCCCUUGGGAAAGAAUUGUACGUACUUGUAACUGUUGCUGCCUUCUAGAAGUUAGUCACUAUAUUUACGUGUAAAAAUUAUCAACUGCAGGAUUUAUUUAUUGAAAUAAACUCUACUAGAAGCUAAUUAUUUUUAUUUGAUGCUUGGAUAGAUUCAAAGCAUGUAUUUUAAAAUGAAAACAAAGAAUAUUACCUACUCAAGUGCAGAGACGUGUAAUCUGAAUAAUCUGGUCAUGCGAUUACCUAGUGUUGUGAAGAAUAGCGAACCAAUAUAAAACAGAUUAUAAAUUGAUAGCCGAUAGUUUGGUAUACAGUAGCGAAGCCGUGAUUAUAGUAUGUUAUACAUACCUAUAUAGAGAGAAAGAGAGAGUGAUAGAGAGAGAGAGAGAGAGAGAGAGAGAGAAAGAUCAUCGACCAUUAUUUAAGGAACUGCAAACGAAGAUGUACUAUAUUUAUGAACAAUAAAAUGAUGAUAUGAACUGAA